CUCGUCCGCCCGCCCCCCGCGCACGGCGCAGGUUUGGGAGGAGGGGUUUGCGCAGCGCUCGCCCGGCUCCCGGCCGCUGCCGCUCAAUGCUGCGGCCGCGGGCAGCUGCGGAGGCGCGCACUUCGGGGCUGCCGCGCACAGCGGGCGGGCAGUGCCCGCGAAGCCCCGCGUCCCCGAGCCGUGUCCAGGUAUUGGAAAUUUGACUGAAGCCUGUGUAUCAUGCAUUGGAGAAGAUUAAAAAUCGCCUAAAAUUUCCAAGGAGCCCUGUUCUGUCCUGUAGUUACUGGACUCAGCUCCUCUGAUCCUGGAAGCUGAAGAUGAGGUUGCUACGGGAGCUGCUAGUGCUGCAGUCAUUCAUGGUGUGCCUUGCAGAUGACAAUACACUGCAUGGGCCAGUUUUCCUUCAGGAGCCCAACAGCAUGAUCUUCCCCUUGGAUUCAGAGGAAAAGAAAGUGAAGCUGAGCUGCGAAGUAAAAGGAAAUCCCAGGCCAACCAUUGGGUGGAAGUUAAAUGGAACCAGUAUUGACACUGGUAUGGAUUACCGCUACAGCGUGGUGGAAGGCAACCUGUUGAUCAAUAAUCCCAAUAAAACCCAAGAUACUGGAACAUACCAGUGUGUAGCAACAAACCCGUUUGGAACAAUCGUCAGCAGAGAAGCAAAGCUUCAGUUUGCUUAUCUUGAGAACUUCAAAACCAGAACAAGAAGCACUGUCUCUGUCCGCCAGGGCCAGGGCAUGGUGCUGCUGUGUGGACCACCACCGCAUUCUGGAGAGCUCACCUACGCAUGGAUCUUCAAUGAGUACCCGACCUUCGUACACCAGGACAAUCGCCGUUUUGUUUCACAAGAGACUGGGAAUUUGUACAUCGCAAAGGUGGAAGCUUCAGAUGUGGGCAACUACACGUGCGUGGUGACGAACACUGUGACCAACAGCAGGGUCCUGGGCCCCCCCACCCCACUCAUCCUCAGGAAUGAUGGGGUGAUGGGGGAGUAUGAGCCGAAAAUAGAAGUGCAGUUCCCAGAAACAGUUCCAUCUGCAAAAGGAACAACGGUGAAACUGGAGUGCUUUGCCUUGGGGAACCCAGUUCCUACAAUUAGCUGGAGGAGAGCGGAUGGGAAACAGAUACCCCGAAAAGCCAAGAGACACAGAUCAAGUGGACUUCUUGAAAUCCCAAAUUUUCAGCAGGAAGAUGCUGGACUCUAUGAGUGCGUAGCUGAAAACGUGCGAGGGAAAAAUGUGGCACGAGGACAACUGACAUUUUAUGCUCAGCCCAGCUGGAUUCAGAAAAUCAGCGAUGCACACGCAGCCAUAGAGGAAAGUGUUGUCUGGGAAUGCCGAGCAAACGGGAGACCAAAGCCCUCGUACCGCUGGCUGAAGGAUGGGGAGCCACUGCUACCCCAGGGCAGAGUUCAGCUGGAGCAGGGCUCGCUCACAAUAACAAAUGUCAGCCUGUUGGAUGCCGGCAUGUACCAGUGUGUAGCAGAAAACAGAUAUGGCAUCAUUUUUGCCAGUGCAGAACUGAGUGUCAUAGCCGUCAGUCCAGACUUCUCCAAAACACUCUUGAAAAAGUUAACUCUUGUUAAAGUGGGUGGUGAAGUAAUCAUUGAGUGUAAGCCGAAAGCUUCCCCCAAACCUACUUAUUCGUGGAAGAAAGGAAGAGAGAUCCUAAGAGAAAAUGAGAGAAUCACUGUUUUGGAUGAUGGGAGCCUCCGGAUUGUCAACGUUACCAAAUCCGACGCGGGAAGUUACACCUGUGUGGCAACAAACCACUUUGGGACAGCAAGCAGCACGGGCAGCUUGGUUGUGAAAGAUCCGACCAGGGUUAUGGUGUCACCUUUCAGCAUGGAUGUCACUGUUGGAGAAAGUAUUGUCUUGCCUUGUCAGGUAUCUCAUGAUCACUCACUAGAUAUCAUGUUUACCUGGUCAUUUAAUGGACACCUGAUAGACUUCGAAAAAGAUGGGGAUCACUUUGAAAGAGUUGGAGGGCAGGAUUCAGCUGGUGAUUUGAUGAUCAGAAGCAUCCAGCUGAAGCAUGCUGGAAAAUACGUCUGCAUGGUGCAAACAAGUGUGGACAAGCUAUCAGCUGCUGCAGACCUCAUUGUAAGAGGUCCCCCAGGUCCACCAGAAGCUGUGACAAUAGAUGAAGUCACUGACACCACCGCUCAGCUGUCCUGGAGGCCAGGAGCAGACAACCACAGCCCUAUUACAAUGUAUGUUGUGCAAGCAAGGACCCCCUUCUCAGUGGGAUGGCAAGCAGUGAGUACAGUUCCAGAGAUCAUCGAUGGCAGGACGUUCACAGCAACAGUGGUGGGCCUGAACCCUUGGGUCGAGUAUGAAUUUCGAGUAGUGGCUGCCAACCUGAUUGGGAUUGGAGAGCCCAGCAGACCUUCAGAGAAGAGAAGAACUGAGGAAGCUCUUCCUGAAGUGACCCCAGCUAACGUCAGUGGAGGUGGAGGGAGCAAGUCUGAGCUGGUCAUUACUUGGGAGACAGUGCCUGAGGAGCUGCAGAACGGAGGCGGCUUUGGGUACGUGGUGGCCUUCCGCCCCUUUGGCACCGUCAGCUGGAUGCAGACCGUCGUGGCCUCCCCAGAUGCCGCCAGAUACGUCUUCCGCAACGAGACCUUGCCGCCCUUCUCCCCCUAUGAAGUUAAAGUGGGGGUCUACAACAACAAGGGGGAAGGGUCAUUCAGCCCCGUGACCGUCGUCUACUCAGCAGAAGAAGAGCCAACGAGACCCCCAACCACUGUUUUGGCCAGAAGUCUUUCUGCCUCAGAUGUUGAAGUUUCUUGGGCUCCCCCUUGGGAAAACCAGCACAAAGGAAGAAUACAGGGAUAUGAGGUCAGAUGUUGGAGACAUGACGAAAAGGAAGAGAACGCAAAAAGGAUUCGGACGGUUGGCAAUCAAACAUCUACAAAAGUCAGCAACCUGAGAGGCAACGCGCUGUACCACUUGGCAGUCAGGGCGUACAACACGGCUGGGACCGGCCCCUCUAGUGCCGCAGUCAAUGUCACCACCAAAAAGCCACCACCGAGUCAGCCCCCUGGAAACAUCAUAUGGAAUUCAUCUGACUCCAAGAUCAUACUGAACUGGGACCAAGUGAAAGCACUGGAUAACGAGUCAGAAGUGAGAGGCUACAAAGUUUUGUACAGGUGGAACAGGCAGAGCAGCACAUCUGUAAUAGAAACGAAUAAAACCUCCGUGGAGCUCUCGCUGCCAUUCGAUGAGGACUACAUCAUCGAGAUAAAGCCGAUCAGCGAUGGGGGUGACGGCAGCAGCAGUGAACAAAUCCGAAUUCCAAAGAUAUCAAAUGCAUACGCAAGAGGAUCCGGCUCAUCCACCUCCAAUGCCUGUACACUGUCAGCCAUCAGCACGAUAAUGAUAUCGCUCACAGCUCGCUCCAGUUUAUGACAAAAAUCACAUAAAGGACUUCUCGUUUAUAAUAUAAGCAACAUUUAGCUAGUUGUUUUGAAGACACCCAGUACUAAGUAAUAUUGUGGUUUGAGUACAUCUUACUACUGGAAAAAUGUUUAUGCUUCUUUAGGAAUGGCAUUAUACAGUACUUCCUCAAAGCAAAUAUAGCUUUGUCUGAAGUUUCCUUGGAAACUCUGCAAUGCACUGAAAACAUCUGUAAUAUGAUGUUACCAAAGCAGUUUACAUAUGUCCUUAUAUGCAUAUUUUUUAUUAUAUAUUUAGUGUUUUAUAGAAUUUUUUAAAGUUAACAUAUGAUGUAGAUAUUAAUUUUUCCUCUGCUAUAAAAUGCUAUGGACGACAUUACCAUGGAAAUAUUGUUUGGAAUUUUUUCCUUUCUGAUGGAGAGUUCAACGUUGUUCAUAGUAAAUUGGCUGCAACUUUACUGUACAGUUUUACAAGGCUACACAAGGCAGAACUGUUCCAGAUUGGGUUUGUAAUGCGGCUAUAGUUAACUGGCAGUUAUGAUGAGUCUUGUGUUGAAUCAAGUGCUUAUAACACACAAGAUGUUGCAUUUUAUUCAGAGGUCUAAGCAAGUCAAACUCUAAAUACUCAGUAAGAACACUAUAACCUUGAAAAAGUACAUGAAAUUUGGUUGCUUGUGGACUACAGGACAUGUAGCUAAUAUUCUGGCAUUGUGCAGCAAGGGUCCAUUUUACUGUCUUGAAAUAGCUUUGUCUUUAUCAUGUGUAGCAUUAAAUUGGGUAGGAAUGAAGAUACUGCAAAGGUGCGAUCUCUGCCUCAAGUGACAAAAAGGAACCUGAAGGAGCAAUCCGACAACAUGGUUCUCACCUUUGGGUGUAAAGCCAGUGAAGGCCACCUCACUUUGGGAAUUUUAUUCCAAGGAAAUCAGGAUACAGCGACCCCGAGAUGUAAAAGCUGCUCUGGGCUUGUCCAAACACGCGCUGCUUUCCACGUGCAUUGGAAUAUAACUAAUCAUCUUUCAUAUGCCACCGUGUAGAAAACUCUUGGGAAGUCCGGUCUGGACCAGGAGCCUCAGAGGAGCUGUGCCGUGCUUCAGGGAGGUGUGGGUAGUGCAUGGCAAGGUGGGAUCUCUGGUAGUUCUCUCCUAAGAAGUCCGUGUUUCCUUAUGAAAACUCUUCAUAGGCACCUGAGGUAAAAUAGAGUCACGCCGGAAAACGACAAUAUCCACAGCAAAAUAAUUCUUCUUAAGAGAAGGACCAUUUGUUACUAUGGGGUAAUUUUGUAAGUUCACUCAGAUGGGAUAAUGCUAGUCAAAGGAAAUGGAAUUUUCUAUAAAAUUUUCAAGUUUAAAUGCGCUGCAGUGGUAUAUUAUUACUUUUUUUUUUUCCUGAUAGCUUGAAUUUGCCUGUAACUUGUCUUUUUUGCUUACAAAAUAAUACAGUUAACUUUUAGACCUUCUAAAUAUAUUUAUUCAGUAACUCAUAAUCAGGAUUCCACUUGUGUAAAAGUCAGGGGUGUUGACCAGAGAAAUAUUGUCAGUAUUUCAAGCUGUGUUCCUUUCUUAGUUUGAUAUGGUUACUUCUAUGUAAAAAGUAAAAGUAAGAAAAAAACAGAAAAAAACUACAAAACCAAGAAAAAUGGAACAAAAAAAAAAGAAGCUGCUGUAGUUUUCUCCCCAGUGUAAAUGAUAUUUAUCAGUGAUCUAGCAGAUGUAAUCUUUUUUUAAAGGUAUUGGUAAUAAAUAUUCUGUCAUUUGUAAAGA